UCCCCACUGAUAGCAGUGAUGGAGAACACAACAUGGCCGUACGCCGCAUAUGUUCCCCAAUACCUCCUGCGUGGUGAUCCCUUUGCUUCGAGGCUCUCCAGAGAGGCGGACAUCAUUGCGGCUUUUUACAUCUGCAUCAUAGGACAUCUAAAGAGUGGAGUAACCUUUUAAGCCAGCUUCCUUCGGUCUUCUGGCUGGACCUGGAAUGUCGUCCCUCUGCACUGGACACAUAAAAAUGAAAGGAAUCCUGUCUGCAACAGGAAAUGGCUUUGUCAUUUAUAUGACCAUCAAACGCAAGACCAAGCUGAAGCCUCCUGAACUCAUGAUCGUUAACCUUGCCAUUUUUGAUUUUGGCAUAUCAGAUAAAGGGAUUAAACACUUUGUUACUUUACAAAGUCCUGCUGACUUCAUGCGUUUCAAAUCCUCCCAUGAGCCAGAGAGUCUGUGGAGAGCCCUGGCCCGGCCCACCUGCUCUGUGAAGUUCACAACAUCAUCCAGUACUGGUUCACUUCCUGUCACAAGCCCCGCUGAAAAGUCCUGGAUCUGAAGGAAGUUCUGAUCCAGCUUCCACUGACAGAUGUUUAGGGAGCAGAGAGUAGGGUGCACUGGGAUACCACUAUGCCUUUGAUUUUCUGCUGAUUCCUCCAUCAGAUGACCAGCUGUCAUGUUGUUUACUUUAAUUAAAACUUGUGCAAAGUAAGAGAA